CUGGUCUGUCCGCUGAUUCGUUAAUAGUGAUGUCAUGUUCUGUUUUAAGCACCACAUCAGUCAGUCAAAACGAUACAAAUUUGAUCAUYACUAAAGAUGGUGUCCAUUUAUAUUUCUUCACGUUGUCUUUUUAAAAGGAAUUAAUGUAAACUUAAGUGAAGAGUAUUUUGUCGUAGAAUUUGUUGGCAAAAGCUAUUAAUGGCACAUUAGACACUCGGGUUUGGAUGCUGUCAGAAUUCAAAGGAUGAAUGGUUCGUGGAGACUUUGUUUUAUAGCCUUCUUGAGCCUUGGUAUUCAGCAUCUCGCACAAGCAUUGCCUUCAGGACCAAACAGCUCAGCACAUAAGAGAACUAUUGAAAUGCAAACAGCAUACGUGUACAGAAAGGCUUCUCAACGCUCGCCGCAUUACUCAGUUAUUCUAGGUAGUAGUGGCAAAAGCAUCGAAGGACCUGCCCUCCCCUCCCCUGGUGGGGAUGAGAUUCAUCGCGUCCAAGGAUUUGUGAUCAACAGCGAUGAUGUAGUGACAGACRAAUCGUCAAGUUUCUCCAAGGCGGGUCUCCUAGUGCAUGACCGAUACCGCAUGCUCCACCACGCACCACCGCUGUCCUGGUCAGACAMACUGGCUCAUCAGGCAGAACGAGUUGCAUACGACCUCGCAAAGAAGCGAACAGACUCAAAGCGCAGCGAGAUUCUCAUGGACGCAGUCGGUGAAAACGUUGAGAAAUUAUUCUCCGUGAGCUACAACUGCGAYGGUAGAGCGGCCAUAGAAGCAGUUGAUCGCUGGUACAAAGAGAGUAACGAUUACAGCUUUGCCUACCCUCACCUUACCGAGAAGACGAAUUCCUUCACCCAACUUGUUUGGAAGGGAACGACAACGUUUGGAAUGGGUUGCGCGAUGAGGAAAGGACUCUUGACGAAUGAYGUGUUUGUAGUGGCGCUGUACUCGCCACCAGGAAACAUUAAGGAAGAAGUGGGGAUUAAUGUAUUGAGAUCAGGAGAACUGAAACAGAAGGACGAUGUGUAUUCCAACAUAUUUUAAUAGAUGGCCAAACUAGUGGGCUAUUGCAAAUAAACCUAAUUCUUUGUGGUGUAAUGUUUUUUCCAUUUCAGUCAUCCAAGUGUCAUUCACUUGAGAAUACGAUUCUUUGUCUGAGUUGUAUUUAUAUUCGUGUGUCUUCUCGUGCGCAACCGUUAAUCAAAGAAAUGAUACUCUAGGGAAUGACAUGUGGUAUGAAAUGAGAAAACAUAACGCCCAAGUUAACCUGCGAAUAACUCAAUGGUAGAGGAAAACGUCUGGUUAAAUUCAACCUAAUGUUUAUUUGCUGCCUCACAUUUCUGUUGAUACCUUGCAUUGCAUACCUUGCAUACCUUGCAAGGGCGUAUUCAGGGAUGCCUGUGGCGACCCUCCCCAUCAGUUGAUUUAUUUGUAACCCACGUGCAUUAUGGGGGAAGGGAGAGAGAAAUCAUUUGUUGAUCAGCGGAUGAUCCUCAUGACGGGUCCUCAUAGGACUCUGCCUACAAUUAGCCUAGUUAAGCCGACACGUUUUGGAGGCAGAGACAAGGCCCGCCCAUGAUUUUUUUUGGUGACAAGUCGAGCGCCUAAGCCAACGCCCUUUUUAGACUUUGUUGAAGUGUUUGUAACAAAUAAAAGACAGCGGAUUAAAACAGACCUAU